CCGGUGUAGUACACAGAAAGAGACGAGAGCGUCUUUUGGUAGAUAUUUAUGCUUGGUUCAUUCUCGUAGUAGAUGUAGUAAUUGAUAUAUCGACGUGGACGUUGUUUACAGCCAUGAGCAGUUUGUCCUGUAUGUUUUUUGUGCGGUACCUGAGGCCGCGUGCCUGGAUGUCAUCUGAUUACCGCCCUCUGAUUGGCCAUCCACUUUAACUUCAAUUUGACUCUCUUCAGCAGUUUUCUGUUUUCCCCGGACUUUCAUCAUCAUCGUCAAACCCAUCCUCGUCUUGCCGCCUUUUAUCCUUUUUCCUCUUCCGCCUCUACCUCCCCGCCUUCACUCCCCCCGGCGGCAUGUCCAAGGCGACCUUUGCCGCAAUCGCCGCGGCUAGCGCGGCCACCGGAGCUGGCCUGACAGCGUUGCUCUAUUCCUCUUCCUCCCCUCGGCCUCAACAGCAACAGCAACAACAGCAACAGAAGCUACCUCCAUCUGCACCAGCUACCUCGUCCACUCCUGUCCCGACCCAACCAGCUGCCCCGUCACUCGCCGCCAAGUCACUCGCCGGGCCCGUCGACCCGUCCGGCAUCUACCAAUAUGGCUUCCCCGGUCCCGUCGCCGAUACUCUGCUCUCAGCUCCUCUGGCUGGCGCAUACGACCGUCGCACGCGCAAUCCCGCUUGGGUAGCCGAGCACAUCACACCGGCUUCGCUGGCGAUGAAGAACGCAGACCGCAAACAUAGCACCUUCUUCGAAGACACCACUAUCCCCGCUGCCUUCCGCGCCAAACUGAACGAUUACUUCCGCUCUGGCUACGAUCGCGGCCACCAGGUGCCUGCAGCUGACGCCAAAUGGUCUCAGGAAGCCAUGGACGCUACUUUUGCCUUAACAAACAUGUGCCCCCAGGUGGGCGAGGGAUUCAACCGGGACUACUGGGCGCACUUUGAGGAGUUCUGCCGCGGUCUGGCCAAGAAGUAUCCUUCCGUUCGCAUAGUGACCGGUCCCCUGUAUCUCCCUCAACGUGAGGCGGAUGGCAAAUGGCGUGUGUCGUACGAGGUGAUUGGUAACCCGCCUAAUGUUGCUGUGCCGACGCACUUCUAUAAGGUUAUCUACGCCGAAGAGGGCCCCGCUUCUCCUAAUGGAAAGGUUGCCUUGGGGGCUUUUGUCUUGCCCAAUGCUCGGAUCCCAAACGACAAGAGGCUGACGGAGUUCGAGGUGCCGGUUGAGGUGGUCGAGCGCGCGAGCGGCCUGGAGUUUGUUUCCAAGUUGGAGACGAACCGUCGCAAGCGUCUCUGCCAGGAAAUCAAGUGCGACGUUGUCGUACGCGAGUUUAACAACUCUGCCAAGCGGAGCUAGAGUGGCUCUUGUCCUUUGAGGAACUAGACACCCUGGGCCGAUUUGUGUAAUUUUGGAUGUAAUAAUUUCGGGGUGAUAACUGGUUUAUAUCGUCCGGGCGUUUACGGGUUGCAUGCACGUCGGACGUUGU